AUGAAGCCCCUCACUGAACAGAACUCAAGAACAUUAUUCUCCAAUAGAGUAUUUGGACCCAAAGUUUUAUGUCCUACCUAUCUUAAAGACAUUGCGGCUGAAAUUCUGAAGAAGUGUGGCGGAUUGCCGCUUGCAGUUAUCACUAUAGCUAGCCUAUUAGCUAAUCAAGUGAGAUCAAGGAAACACUGGGAGAGCAUAAGGAAAUCUCUGGGUGCCCAAUCCGCCACAAAUCCUUCAUUGAAAGAGAUGAAUAGUAUAUUAAACCUUAGCUACAUCCAUCUUCCUCUUCAUCUCCGGCCAUGUUUUCUGUACCUUGGUAUGUAUUCUGAGGACCACAUCAUACCACGGGAUGAUCUGGUUAAACAAUGGAUAGGUGAAGGCUUUGUCAGCAGUUUGCAUGGGCCAGAUUUGGAGGUUGUUGGCCGGAGUUAUUUCAAUGAGCUUGUCAAUAGAAGCAUGAUUCAGCCGGCAGAAACUGAGUAUGGAGAGGUAUUGUGUUGCAGAGUACACGACAUGAUGCUUGAUUUGAUCCUAAGCAAGUGUGUAGAAGAUAAUUUUGUAAGUGUGGCACACAAUUCUGAGGACAUGGCAAGACUGCUGCAUCUCUGCAAAUACAAGGUUCGCCGAUUAUCCCUGUGCUCCAUGGCUGUUGGUGGAGCAACAUAUGACACUGCUAUUGCUACUAGGCUGUCACAAGUUCGAUCAUUACUGUUCGAGGACGCUAUACUCCCUCUUUUGUGGUUCAAGUACCUUAGGGUGCUAAUCAUUUCUGAUGAGCGGGAGAUAGUUGACCUCACCGCUGCUAGCCAAUUGUUUCUGCUGAGGUAUAUGAUGGUUAGAGCUAGGAAGAUAGAGCUCCCUACUAAACUUGGUGAGCUUGUUUACUUGGAGACUCUGGACAUAGAAAAUUGCAAAUUGAUGGAGAGCAUUCCCUCAGAUAUAGUUCAUUUGCCCCCGCCUAUCCUGUCUGGUUCUUCCAGAUUGGACAGAGUUGCCUGA